AAUAUUUUUUUUGUCAAUCAAAUCAACAAUCAUCAUCAUCCCUUGGUGAAUAACAAAUUUCCAAUCAAUCAAUCAUGUACUUCAUUUCUAAAUCAACGAUUUUGUUUGCCACUGCAAUCGUUUUGAUAUUUAAUUUACCAUCUUUGGUUAUUUCUCGCCAUGUAACCGAAAAUGGCAGAUUAUCUGAAUUAUCAAUCGAUGAAAUCAAUAACAUUAUCGACGCUAUAUCGGAAUUGCCAAUUGGAGAGAUUAAAAAAAUUGUCAACAAUUUAUCUGGUUUAUCAAUUGAUGAAAUUGAAAAAAUUAUCAAUGAUAAUCAAUCAGAAUUAUCUGUUAAAGUUAUCAAAAAAAUUGUUCAUGAUUUAUCAAUCGAUGAAAUUCACCAUAUUGUCAAUGAUCCAUUAACGGAAUUUUCAAUCGACGAAAUUGAAAAAAUUGUUCAUGAUCCAUCAUUAUCAUCAUCAUUAGAACCAUUCAUCACAUAUGAUAAAGAUAAAAAAAUUUUCCAUAUUAAUAUUGGACCAAUUAAACAACAACGGCAACCAUAUUCACUUUCAAAUUUGAAUCCAGAACAAUGUCAACAUAUACGUAAUACAAUUGAAUCAGUACAACAUGAAAUGGAUGAACAAAAUUGUCAAAAAGAUUUAGGAAAUAGUAUUUGUAAAGGAUUUAUCCGUUAUUUGGAUAAUAUGCAACAACGAUUACAAAAUGACUGUCCAUCAGGGCUAGUACUACUGGAACCGGAAAAUCAAAAAAAAUUCAGUUUUAUAGUUUAUAGAGAUGAAAAUGGAAUACAUUUUAGACCGAAUCGUCAAUGAUCCACCCAGCAGCCAAUCAAUCGGAAAUUAAUUGAAUUUUUGUCUUUUGUUUUUAAAUUCAAUUAUCUGAAUAUUUGCGAAAUUAAAUAAAUAAUAAAUGAUGAUUUGUCUUUGAAAAUAAAAAAAUUGCAUUGAUCUUGACAUUCAGAUUCUUGGUUCAAUGGGUGAAACUAUUCAUCUGAUUGUUGUUGAUCCAUAAAACUCAACGAUGAAAAAUGAUUCAAUUAUCAGAUGUCGAACGAUAUGAAUACCAAAUUCUGAUCCAUAACGAAUGACAUAAAAAAAACCUUUACCAUUUGUUUGGUUCAUCGAAAAAUCGUUGAUUUUGUUUUUGCUAUGAAUAAAUCAAUCACAUCCAUAUCUUGGCAGUCUGAUUGAAGACAUCAUUCAGUCGAAACGAUCGAAUCCAUCCAACAAUCAAUCAAUCAAUAAUGAUUUUCAAACAUUUUCAUCCAAUUUUCAUCGUAAUCAUUAUGAUGACAUUAUCACCAUCAUCAUCAUUAUUGGUUGAUGCUGAUGAUGAUGUACCAACAUCCGAUAAUAAUGGUCAAAUAAUGAAUUUUUUGAAUAUGAUAAUGCAAUUGCCGAAAAAAAUUUUGGAUGCAAUCAUGAAACGAUUUGGAUGGCUGAAUGAAAUGUUCUACAAUAUGGCCAAUAAUUCGAAACAGAGUGUGGAAAUGAUUGAAAAUAAUGAACGAAUUAGUCGAUUAAAAUUAUGGAUUAGAUCCAAUGAUCCAUUAGCAAAAUUUGUGAGAUCAUUUACACAUCGAUAUCAUCCAACAAUAUGAUCGAAUGGCCAGAUUUGUAAAAAAAAUUCUGUUCCUUUUACAAAAAAAUGAAAUGAAA